CAAUGAUGCACAUAGACGCUUCGUGUGACGACUAGUUUAGUCUUCGUGGGGAUGUGCGAGUAUUUGAGCUUGAAUCAAUAGAAUUUGUAGUCUUUCAAGUUCAGUUUACAUAAGAUUUCGCGAAGUUGUUGUACAUUCGCACGGGAAUAUGUGCACAGCUAAUACUUCUAAAAAAUAAAACAGCAUGGAGAUUUAAUAAACUUUAAUUAAUAGUGAGUGCCUAGGUCAAUGUGCAGUACUGAUUAUUUAUCCAACCUGUGCAAUCAUUCGCAAAGAAACAGGAGUCCAGCUUUCAUAGCGUACAAAAAAAAAUUUUAGAGAUUCUCGUACGUGAGAUCUACAUAAUUCAAAAUGGCGAGCAAUAAGAGCGGAGUAGAAAACCGAGCUUUCGAGUACGAAAUGUCCGAACCUCAAAGGGACAUUAAGAAAAUCGACAAGAAUGCAAACAACAAUGAGAAAAAUGGCAUUACUGCAGACGAUUUCGAUGAUAUCAACGAAAGAUGUGGUCUUGGUUGCUUCACUCCAGAUUGGAUCCAGCAAUUCGCCACGAAACGAGCAUUCAUGGUUGUCUUCACCCUGUUGGGCGUCAUCCAGGGAAUGUCGUGGUCCUACUUUUCUGCAACCAUCUCUACGUUGGAAAAAAGAUUCAAAAUCAGUUCUGAAACUGCUGGCAUAGUGAUGACCGGAAAUGAGAUGAGCCAAAUAAUAUUUUCCCUGGUCUUGUCCUACUACGGGGGAAAGGGGCACAGACCAAGAUGGAUAGCCACAGGGGUUCUAUUUUCUGCAAUGUCCUGUUUUGUCCUUGCAUCUCCACAUUUCAUCUUCGGCUCUGGAAAUGAUGCCUUGUCACUAACGCAAGAAUAUUCUCACCUCUCUCUGGAUGGUUCCUCCCACUCUUUUGGGACGAAUGGCUCUUCCAUUUUCGGUGGGUACAAGAAGAGUAAGGUCACAUUGUGCAACAGGUCUGGAAGUGGAAAAGGAGAAUCGUGUGGAAACGAAGAAACGUACAUCGCCCCUUUAAUCCUAAUAUUUUUAUCUCAAUUCGUGGCCGGCAUUGGCGUUCUGCUCUUCUUUACCCUCGGAGGCCCAUACCUCGAUGACAAUACGAAACGGAAAAAUAUCCCUAUUGUAUUUGGGAUAACAAUGAGCUUACGGUUGAUCGGGCCAACCAUCGGUUAUCUAAUUGCAUCUGGUGCAUUGAAGCUUUACGUUAAUCCUCUAUUGACACCGAUUAUUAGCCCGGAGGAUCCUAGUUGGAUUGGAGCGUGGUGGUUAGGUUGGGUAAUCUUUGGCACAUGCAUGACUUUAUUUUCCUUCCUCAUCGCUUUGUUCCCGAGCCAGUUGAGAAAAAAGCAGGGAGGCAAAGAUUUCAAAGAACCAGAACCCAAAGCCAUUGAAACAGUUCCAAAACUUUCUGACAUACCGAAAGCCGUGAAGCUGCUGCUUAAAAACAAGUUAAAUGUUUUUAAUAACUUGGCCGGAGUAUUUUACCUGUUUUCUGGAGUUGGGUUUUGGACCUACAUGCCGAAAUAUAUGGAAACAAUAUUUCUCCAGACGGCAUCGAACGCGUCUAUCAUUUCCGGCCUGGUGGGAAUUUUUUCGCAAGCGACGGGAAUGUUGAUCUCGGGAUUUUUAAUAUCUCGAUUUCGGUUCAGCGCUCGAAAGCUGGCAGCCUGGAAUGUUGUGACUGCUUUUCUGUACGUGGCCGUUAAAAUUUCAUUCACUCAGAUUGGUUGUGACGUCGGUAAAAUUGCCUUCGGGACGGAGAUGACUGACGGAACUUGGAACCUGAGUUCAACCUGUAAUCAAGAUUGUCAUUGCAAAACUAGUAAAAUCCUUCCCAUCUGUCACAAAGAGGAAAAUACCGUGUAUUACUCUGCAUGUCAUGCCGGAUGCACAGUUUACGAGAACAAUACGAUCGGCAAUUGCUCCUGUAUUCCGGAUCCAACGGCCACGGUCACUUUGGGCAAUUGUUCUCAGAGCUGCACUCAGAUUUUUAUUAUGUUUUUAGCCAUCAGCGCUCUAAUCAAGUUUGUCGAUGCAACAGGAAGGAUUGGAAAUAUGCUUAUAUCUUACAGAUGUGUUAGUUUAGAAGAACGCUCCUUAUCGAUAGGAUUACAUAUCCUACUCCUAAGCGCUCUAGCAUUCUUGCCGUCGCCCAUUGUAUUUGGACGGAUUAUUGACAGCGUGUGUCUGGUUUGGGGUGGGUCGGGCUGUGGGAAGAAGGAAAACUGCCUCUUGUAUGAUGGUCAGCAACUGCGAUAUCUCUUCAAUCUGACCGCAGCAAGCUUUACAUUCAUUGGCGGAUGCUUCGAUUUGGUGGUUUGGUACUUGGCCGAAGAUUUAGAACUGUACAAGGAACCCGAACCCUUGAAAGAUGGGGUCAGUUCAAAUCAUCCUGAACAAGAAAAGGAGGGGAUCAUACCUGGGUAACAAUAGAACUCAAGAAAUCGUGCAUUUUAUGGAUGACAAAACACAUGUGAUGAAAGUCUGAUUCAAGUAAAAAUAUUUAAUAUAUGUAAUUAAAACUUUGCAAAAUUCAGUAUUAUAUAUUAAAUCUUGACAAUGCAAUAGUAAAUGAUUUUAUGUAUGCCAAAUAAUAAAUGAGAAGAUUGAUUGUGUCAA